GUGUAUGGACCACGUUGGUUGUGCGCGAGUUCGUUGCAGUGAGGCGGUAGUUAAAUUUUAUAUUAGAAGUGCCUAGGGCAAAAUGUGCUCCUAAUCGUAUGCAUUAACCAUCGCACAACCUCUGGACUCGUGAAACGCCGUGUGUUCGCCGUGUGUUUCGUGCGAUGCGCCAGUGUCAACAGCGCCCGUCCGAGCUGCCUUUGUUCCCGCCUGCCCGCGCUCUCUCGUGAAGAGCCUGGUACUGGGGCUUCGAAUCACGGUGUAUGGAAGAAUUUGUUGAAGGUUGUGCUUUCGUGGUGCUGUAUUUCAUCGGCAGUUCUACAGUGUUUGCGCCGGAAAGAGAGUUGGUGCCACGGUACCUGCGAGACGAAGGAGCGUUUGCUGACUACGUCUUGAAAGUUGAAGGCUAUGCGGAUUCCGGAGGCAUCCCGCAGGAACCUGCAGCACUGCCGCAAGCUGGAGAGCACCACGAUAACGCACCUGAUGUGCAUGCUUUCACAAACUACUGUGUCAGCAAUGCUUCAGUCACAUUUUGGGUGGCGUUCCAAUACCCACAAGGACGUCGCCCAAAAAGAAGCUUUGCACCCCGGAGGUGUGGACACCACUCUAAGUAUGUGUGGCUAGGCAGUCAGUUGAAAUCUUCGUUUUGAUUGUGGGUCAUUUGAAGUCGAAUUCUUGUCGAUGACUGCUACAUGCUGUCUCGUCCAGAUACACAAUUCAUAAGGCUAUUCUAACUAUUAUUGCAUUUUUCCUCCUUUAUGC